ACUGAACAGACCCCGCCUCCUCCUCAGAGCUCCGGCGGCAUUGAAGCGAGGAGCCCAAAGCCAGGUACCGUAUGUCUCCACGACCAGGAUAGGAUGCUGUAGCUUUCGCCACAGACCCAAACGAGACAACGGUGGGCAGAAAGCAGUCAAGUCGCACGAAGAUGACGUCGCCGUCGCCCACUCACAGUGACAGCAGCGGCUCCUCUAAGCACGACAGUCACCAGGACAGCUGGGAGAUUGUGGAGGGGCUCAGGGGGGUUCCUGCCAGCAUGCAGGAGCCUGACAGACAGGAGGGCCUCCUGCUCAAGAGGAGGAAGUGGCCCAUGAAAGGAUGGCACAAGAGAUACUUUGUGUUGGAGAAAGGCAUCCUGAAGUAUGCAAAGCGUGGAGCUGAUCUGCAGAAGGGAAAGAUUCAUGGCUGCAUUGAUGUUGGCCUCUCUGUAAUGUCAAUCAAGAAGAAAGCCAUGUGCAUCGACUUGGACACUGAGGAUAACAUCUAUCACUUAAAGGUGAAAUCUCCAGAGCUGUUCGAGGAGUGGGUGUCAAAGCUGCGGCAUCACCGCGUGUUUCGGCAGAACGAGAUUGCCAUGUAUCCCCACGAGAGGCACCUCUUUCACCCCCACGCUUCAUCCUCCCCCUCCCUCAAUGACUCCCUGAGAAAAAGGGCUACUCUUACCAAGCAGGCGUCAGUCCAUCAGGCAAAGGUCAGUUCUUGGCUCCAUUCCUCGGAGGACAUGAACAAGUGCUGCAAAGACUUGGAGGAAUGUGAAUCAUACCUGCUCGAACUCAACCUGCUGCUGAAGAGCAUGGAGGUCCUCCACCGCACGUACUCAGCCCCAGCCAUUAGUGCACUACAAGCGUCUAAUUAUGACAUGCCCAAAAAAGAGAAGAGGCCAAGGAGAUGGCGAUCCAAAAACAAUGGCAAAGAAACCAAAUCCACACUACAGGUUCCGAGCUGCAUCUCCUCCCAAUCCCCACGUCUCCACGCCUCCAACCCCAAUCUCUCCACCACUGAGGCAAACACCCAGGAGGUGUGUCCCGAGUCCCCUGACUCGCCUACAGACGCGUCCCGUCUGCAGGAGGACUUCUGCAGGCUGGCCAACAACAUCCACAGCACACUGAAAUCAGCCUUUAGUUCCCUAGUAGCAGAAAGAGACAGACUGAGGCACACUGUGGACAUGCAGGCCCCACAGCCAGCACAGGUCAUGGGCCUGAAGACCGCUUACGCCUCAGAAUGUCCUGGCGGCUCCCACUCCUUGGUCCACCAGGUGUCCAAUGAGAGCAAAGCGUCCAUCCCAGAGUCCAUAUCGGAGUUUUUUGAUGCUCAGGAGUACCUCCUCUCCUCUUCCUCUUCUGAAAAUGAGGUUUCUGACGAUGACUCUUACAUCAGUGAUGUCAGCGACAGCGUUUCCAUGGAUACCUACAGCAACGAGGGAGGCAGCGAGAGACACAACUCCGUCAGCAGUGUUCUGACCCUGGCUCGCCGGCGCUCCACGCUGCCCUCUCCCAGCCCGAACAGCAGCGUGAGCCUGUGGAACAUCCUGAGGAACAACAUCGGUAAGGACCUGUCCAAAGUGGCCAUGCCAGUACAGCUCAAUGAGCCGCUCAACACCCUGCAGAGGCUGUGUGAGGAGCUGGAGUACAGUGAGCUGCUGGACACCGCAAACCAGACCCACGACCCCUACCAGCGCAUGGUCUAUGUCGCUACAUUUGCAAUAUCUGCAUAUGCAUCCACCUACCAUCGAGCCGGAAGCAAACCCUUUAACCCUGUCCUGGGAGAGACGUACGAGUGUGACAGACCUGAUAAGAGCUUCAGGUUUAUAGCUGAACAGGUGAGUCAUCACCCACCUGUGUCAGCAUGUCAUUCUGAUUCAAGGAACUUCAGCUUUUGGCAAGAUGUCCGAUGGAAAAAUAAAUUCUGGGGCAAAUCCAUGGAAAUUGUUCCCAUGGGAACCACAAAUGUCACACUACCUGCGUUUGGGGACCACUAUGAAUGGAACAAGGUGACGUCCUGCAUCCAUAACAUCCUGAGCGGCCAGCGCUGGAUCGAACACUACGGAGAGAUGUCCAUCAAAAAUAUCAAUAGUGAUGACUGCCAGUGUAAAGUCACAUUUGUCAAGGCAAGAUCAUGGAGCUCUACAGUGAACGAGAUAGAGGGUGUGAUUACGGAUUCAGAUGGAAAAGUCGUACACUCCAUCUUUGGAAAAUGGCACGAGUCCGUUUUUCAAGGAGACCCACCUUCUGCAACGUGUAUCUGGAGAGCAAACCCCAUGCCAGUGGACCAAGACCAGUACUAUGGCUUCACCCAGUUUGCAGUGGAGUUAAAUGAGCUGGACUCCACCCUGAGACCUCUGCUGCCCCCCACUGACACGCGCUUCAGGCCGGACCAGAGGCUGUUGGAGGAGGGGAACACAGAAGGAGCCGAGGAGCAGAAACAGAGGAUAGAGCAGCUUCAGAGGGAGAGGAAGAAAGUGCUGCAGGACAACAACAUGACACACCAGCCACGCUUUUUCAAGAAGUCCAACAAUGACACAUGGGUGAGCAACAACUCGUACUGGGAGACGCGCAGAGACCCCGGCUUCAGUAAAAUGGACUUCCCUGUGUUGUGGUGACCUCUGGAUUUAACCAAACCUCUCCACUACAACUUAUCAUAGAUGGAGAAGUAUAAAACUGAACUGCAAGUGUCCUGACCUGGUUACCAUGUCAUGGUAACCCAACCUUAAUGGACGUCCUGCUUCCUCUUUCAGGAUUAAGCAGAGCCUGUAGAACUUCUGUUGCUUUUUAUGUUUAUUAUGUUCCUCCAUAAGGGUACAUUCCUCCUCUCAUUAUCAUAACUGUAAUUUACAGUGUCAGUAUAGAGUAAAUAUUCAUAUCAUCAUGUUCUGUCACAUCUCAGCAUUUACCAAAGUGCCUUUUAUUGCAGUGCCUCAUUCAUUCAACUGCUAUAGCAGUUAUGCAAAAACACUUUAGAGAUUUUAAAAACUUGUUGGGAUGAUGACAGAUUGAUAUGUGGGGAUCAGGGUUGAAGGCGAACUUCAAAAGGUCAAAACCUGCUCAAGUAUUCCUACAUCCCGUCAGCAUCAUGACACAGGAGGUUCAAAUUAUAAAAGAGUGACUUUUUCAGUAUGCUGCCUUGUUAUAAUGAGUCAUGACUGUCAUAGGACUGUGGAUAAUGUUUAUCAGUGAGGUAAACGGCAAUAAUAAUCCAUGUUUAAAAAAAGAUAAUAAACUGUACAAUGGAUGGACAAGUUA